AUGCGUGGGAGGAGAUAUGAGAGGGAUGCAAGUUGCGGUCGGGAACCGAGAAGAAUGCCGCAGGCUCGAGCUGUGGAUGGAUUACAAUCUUUCCACCUACGACCAAAAUCUACACCAAUUGAGAAGUUUGAAGAAGCAACUGUUCAUUUGCCUCCUCCUCCGUCUACAACAAUCAAUCGGACAGCGGAUAACGGUAAGACCAAACAAAUCAAUAUCUCAGUCUGA